GCUGACCUAAUAAGGCCAUGCAGUGUGCUGGGGACCUAUAUAAAAGGCGAGGACUUGCGAGGGCUCUGCAUGACGCGCCCGGAGAGAGGAGACAGAAUCCAUCCAGCUCUCACAAAGACUACCAUGGCCAAGGAGUGGGGCUACGCCAACCACAAUGGUCCUGAUCACUGGCAUGAACUUUACCCAAUUGCCAAGGGUGACAACCAGUCGCCCAUUGAGCUGCAUACUAAAGACAUCAAGCAUGACCCUUCUCUGCAGCCUUGGUCAGCAUCUUAUGAUCCUGGCUCUGCCAAAACCAUCCUGAACAAUGGGAAGACCUGCAGAGUUGUGUUUGAUGACACUUAUGAUAGGUCAAUGCUGAGAGGCGGUCCUCUUUCUGGGCCCUACCGACUUCGCCAGUUUCACCUUCACUGGGGCUCCUCCGAUGACCAUGGCUCUGAGCACACGGUGGAUGGUGUCAAGUAUGCAGCAGAGCUUCACUUGGUUCACUGGAAUCCAAAGUAUAACACUUUUGGAGAAGCUCUGAAGCAGCCUGAUGGAAUUGCUGUGGUUGGCAUUUUUCUGAAGAUAGGACGGGAGAAAGGCGAAUUCCAGCUUGUACUUGAUGCACUGGACAAAAUUAAGACAAAGGGGAAGGAGGCGCCCUUCACGCACUUUGACCCGUCCUGCCUGUUCCCUGCCUGCCGGGACUACUGGACCUACCACGGCUCCUUCACCACGCCUCCCUGUGAGGAGUGCAUCGUGUGGCUGCUCCUGAAGGAGCCCAUCACCGUGAGCUCCGACCAGAUGGCCAAACUGCGCAGCCUCUUUGCCAGCGCAGAGAACGAGCCCCCGGUGCCCCUUGUGGGGAACUGGCGCCCUCCGCAGCCUAUCAAGAACAGGGUGGUGAGAGCCUCCUUCAAGUGAGCUGCUGUGUCUUGCCCUCUUCAGGAAAGGAAACCUGCCUUUGGAGAGCUUGGUUCCUUGCCUCCUUCUGGUGCUCCUUACCGCAAGUGUAUUUCCUGUCCUCACACCUGAGCAAAGAAUGUGACAAAUGCAGUCACCAAGAAACCAAAGUCACUUUUGACAAGAUCUAAUACAAAAGCAUGAAUUUCACACUUGACCUUUAUUAUCAUCAUCUUAUUUUUUUCUAUCACGGUAGUAUUUCUAGUAAAAUUUCCAAGAAGAAGAAACAAAAAUAGAAGAAUAAAGACAGAAAAAUGGCGCUCAAGCAGUAUUUUUCUGUCACCUUAAAUUUCACAGAACCUCAGAUUUCCUAUUUUUGUAUUAUGAGUUGUCCAUCUUACAGAAGUAAUGAGUAAUUCUAUAUGUAGGAAGAGAAGUAGAUGAAGAUUAUCUAACCAACAUAAGCCAGAAUGUUUGUUACACCAAGAAUUGAAUUGCUAAUGUGUUUUGCCUCUUAAAUAACACCAAAGAGAAGACCAUCAAUGUUUGAAUUUUAGCCACUAUCUAGAUAUCUGGUUUUGAUAGUCCAUUAAAGGAAAUCACAUUAGGAGUUUUAGAAGUUUUGAUGCGGUAUCUGAAUUUGCGGUAUCUGAAUUUCUUCUUCAUAAAUAUGGUUUUCUUUAUCUGAAGCAGGGCCAUUCAUUUUUUAUUUCGUUACUUUUAUCUUUGCAUGCCUAUUAAAGCAAAAACUAUCUCUAAUGUCUAGCAUAUUCGAGGCUGGAAUUAAUGAUUCCUAGAACACAAAGGAGUAAAUGACAGCACUUGAAGCAAAAGCAGUUGUACUGAUCACCAAAACCAAUAAAGACAUGGACACAAAAGUUGGCUGCUGUGUGUUUUAAAGAAAAUGCAUUAUAAGUGACAAAAAUGGAGAAUGGCAAACUUUGUGGGUUUGUUUCUGUAACUGAAGUGUAGCAAUAAAGGACUCAAGUUCUGGA